GCGAGGGCCUUUUGGGUAAAUAAGGUAUAUUCCAAGUAGGCGAAAAAAGUUGAUGUCCUAGCGAAAACAGAGGUCUGGAAAUUUUCUGGAUCUCCAGACAGUGAGUGGGAAAUGUUAAAUUCUACGGGAUUAACCGAAAGUAGCGAGGCUUGGCAGCAGAGACGGGCAAGGUAUAACCCUGGCGGUGAGGGGAUGACUUCCCCGCCCGGUGUCUCGUUUUUUAGGGAGGGGCCACCAAGCAUGCUCCCUAACGUUUAUUCCUCUCCUCCUCGCUCGUCUAACCCAACGUUUUAUCAGCAUCACAGAUAUCCACCUCAACCACCACAAUACGGCGCCCACCACGGGGCGUCGCGACAACCACCGCCCAAUGUUACUGUAGAUACGAUGUUUUCUCCUCCUGUGGGUUCCAAUGCCGUGAUGAAGAACAACCCCCAACAGAGCAACCAGAACAUGGAAUUCGGAUUCAAACCAGGAUUAGAUGAAGGCUCGUGGAAUUCCAAUAAUCCUCCGGGCUCCUUUGACAGACCGAUGUACGACCAAAAUUUCAACGGCCAAACAGACAACAUGCACCCUUUUUCCAACGAAGUUCCAAACCUAAUCAACAGCAAGACCCAAGAUAUGCCUUACAGGACAAACAUACCUGGUUCUCAGGGAAUGAUGGGAAACAAUGUUCCAAUGUCUCCUGAUUCUCUCUCUCCUGGUGCAAAAUCUCCAUACUUCUAUAACAAGCAGCAAGAAAUGCCAAUAAAAGGUCGACGUGGUAGUGCUCAUGGUGCUUCAGGUAAAAGGUCAAAGAUGUAUCCCUCUAGUCCAGAGGAGUACAAUGAUUCUGGAAAUCGAUAUCACACAUCACCCAACCCAAUGUUCUCCAAGGACUCUUACUACAUGCCAGAUGGACCUGGUCAGAACACACCUGACCCAUGGUCAGCCAGUAAUGGACUUCCUCCUUCUUCCACAUAUCCUUCAAUGUUGCCAGGCAACAGUCAUCAUUCUCAAGCAUAUCCCAACAUGCAUCACCCUCACGACAUGGUAAGAUCCUCUCCCGCAGCCGGGGGUUCAGAGAUGCGUCACUCUCCCGGCGUGAUGGUCGCCCAGUGGCUGGGGAACAGCCCGUCUUCUUCCACGUCCUCCAGGAUCCCCCCACAACAGGGUUACCCCACCGUUCCCCCCUCACAGCAGGAUAACCUGGGUCUACCACCCAUGUCAACAUUCCGGCCAGGCACCACCAUCCCGACCACCACAUACUCCUCACCCUCACCAACCGUCAAUGGCGGCGCCCAGGGGUCUCAGACGGGGGACGCCAUCAACAAAGCUCUCGCAUCUAUAUAUUCGCCAACAGAUCAUACAAAUAGUAGCUAUGGUUCAAAUCCCUCCACCCCAGUAUCAUCACCACCCCCAGGAUCAUCAAGCCAGUGGCAGAGGCCAACUACACAAUCUUCUACCUCGCCCCACUUUGAAGGGGGGAACCCCCUCCAUUCUCUGCAAAGUCGUAUGGAGGAAAGACUGGAUGACGCCAUACACGUUUUACGGCACCACGCUGGGGAACCACAGAUGGCGGGUCUGGCUGCUGCUGCUGCGGCUGCCGCAGCAGGUGGUGGUCACCAAAAUCUGUCCAUGAUGCACUCUGGUGGCAGCCAUCCUAAUGGAAUGAGUGGAAUGUCCAGUUACACAGGAAUCGGGUUGUCUGGUCAUGUGGACCAAAUGGGGAGUCACCACAACAUGUCAGACAAUUCAGAGCCCAAGAAUUUAGAUGGUGCUUCCUCUGAGAAAAGUAACUUAACUCUGAAGGAGGAGAAAUUGGACAAAAUUGAUGGGGACUCAAACAAGGGGGACAGUUCUGGGGAGGGAUCAAAGAGCAAUGUGACCUCCCCAGGAGGAAGCAAUGGUCCUCCCAGCAAGAGGUCACGAAGAAGUGAACCCAACGAUGAAGAUGAAUCCCCAGAGACCAAGGCGGAGCGGGAAAAAGUUCGCCGUCAAGCCAACAAUGCCAGAGAAAGAGUUCGUGUACGUGACAUAAAUGAAGCUUUCAAAGAACUGGGUCAGAUGGUGGCGCUACAGUCGGGGUCUACCCAGCCCCUUACCAAGGUGAUGAUACUACAGCACGCUGUUCAUGUCAUAUCCUCCUUAGAACAGCAGGUCAGAGAGAGGAAUCUCAAUCCUAAGGCAGCAUGUCUAAAACGGAGAGAGGAGGAGAAAACAGAGGAACUUCCAGGAAGUCGAGGGAUGACGGCGGACGAUCUGGCUGCCCAGCAAGCCGCACUAUCAGGGUCUGCCUCUUUGAGUCAGAUGACAUCAUGUGGUGGGAGGGUAGGGGGAGUAUCCAUGAACAAUAACCCUGCAAACAGACACGGUGCAUUUCCUUAUCUGUCCGGGGGUCAGGAAAACAGCCCUUAUAUGAUGGGGGAAUCUCCCAUGAAAUAUUCAGACAGUAAAUGUGCUAAAUCUAUGGAUUCUGACAUCAGCAUGAACAGUAUGGGUCUGACGUCGGCCGGGAUGGACCACUGCCCCAAUGAUAUGGGGAUGUUGUCUCGGAUGUCGUCCGAUCAGGGAAAUCCCUCUUGUUAACCAUGGACAAAAACAAAACAAAUAAAAAAAGCAAUAAAAAUUUUCUGUGUGCUGCUGUUGAGAUGGUAAACAGGAGGAUAAAAGGGAGCUUACUAUUGCUGUGUCAAGACAGAGUUAUCUCCCUCAUUUGGACUAGUAAAGGGAGGUUAUAUUGAGACUAUUAAGUAGGUUGGAAUGAAAGUUACUACCAUUUAAUGAUUCUCUGUUUCCUGGACAGGGAGUAGUUUGGUGUCAUUUUGUUGAAUCUCGACAGAAAGAGAGAGAGAGAGGAGGAGAGAACUUUUGUAUAUUUACUGUUGAUCAGGAAUGCCAGUGACAUAUUAUUUUUAAUUAUGUUUAAUGUUAUAUGUAUCAGUUGCCAUAGAAACAAAUUGUUUUUGAAUUCAAAAUAGGAGUAUGAAUUUCCAUAUCCCUAAUUUUAUCUUUUUCGAGGGUGGAUAAUAUAUGGAUGUUUUUUUUAAGAACAUUCAUGGCAAAAUUUUUGGUCCUUUUUUUAUUUUAAAAGUUUAUUAAAUUUUUAUUGCUAUCAAGACAGAUUAUGAAGGAAUCUGCUUAAAAGUUUUAUAGUCUUCCUGAGUGCAGUUUUUUUUUUAAUUUUGGUAAAGGGGGGAGGGGAUAAGAAAAAAAAGUCUGUGUAAAAAUUGAAGUCCUGUUUCAAUCUUUCAAUGAAGUUGCUUCAUUCAGAAAAAAAAAAAAUCGAUGGUUGUGAAGCGAAUUUGAUUCAAGUGAUUUUGAUGUUGGUUGUGUGUUUUUUUUUUUGUUUUUUUUUUUUUAAGAAAAAAAAAAUUUAUCAGUGACUGUACCGGUAAGCAUUGUAACACAAUAUAGACCUGUACAGAAAUUAAAAUUUUUGUUCAAGAUUAUAUUUUCUAGCAUUAAAUGAGCCAAAAAUUAUGGUUUUUGAUGAGCAAUAUUCGUUAUACAUGCUGUAUCAUUGUAUGAACCUAUUUUUUAACUUGGUGCAUUUUGAGUGUUUAUUAUAUGACAUUGUACAUAGUUCAUUUUUUUCACACUUUUGCAUGAGAAAUUCUUCAAGCCAAAACAUUUUUUAAAGGGCCAUCUUAAUUAAUUUUGGCGAUAAUUAAGGAAAAAGAUGGUGAUCUUUCCAAAAAUUGGAUUCAAGAAAACAGAUGUGUCCAAAUACAUUUUGAUCGAAAAUUUAUACCUUUUUUUCUUUUCAUGAUUCCUUUGUAGGGAAUCAGAGUUGUUUGGUUGAAAACUGAGUAAUUAGCCUAUUGCCCAUGUUCAGGGUCAGAUUUAUUCCCCUUGUAUAAAUGUACAUAGCACCUUAAGAAUUGUUAUAUAUACAAGCCAGUGCCUGUCUUAGCUAGGACAAUAAGUAUUACCUCCCUUUUAUAAAUUAAGAAGAAAGAAAUAAUAGCAAUGCUGUUGUGUUGGUGAAAGGGGAGGUAAAUUGUUUUGGAGUCUCUAGUUAUUGCAUUAUGUAUUGAAUGAUUAUUAUAUAAUUAAAUAUAUUUAUCUCAAAAAAAUCUUCCAUGUUUUCAUCUGUGUGCAAGUUGAUGACCUAUUUUUCAAGAAUGACUUUUUUCUCUCCCUAUUUUGUGAACAUGACUAUUUUAUCAAGCCAAAGGUUGCUGAAAUAUGUGAAAUAUGCUUUAUAUAUGUAUACAGCUACUUCCAAAAAAUAAGGAAAAUGUUUUUUAGAGAGAUGUACAAUAACAUUUGACCACCAUAGUGAGGUUUAGUGAGGGGUUGAUGAACAAGUGGUGUCAAAAGUCAACAUUUUUCUACGUACCAACCCUUUUCAUAAGUUAUCAAGUUUAUUUUGAACAAUAUUUCUUUUUUGUUUUUCCAAUUUUGAUUUUUGAGUUUGUGUACUUAUAAACUCGGAUCUGAUUGGUUGAUUUUUAAAGCAAUCAUUGAUCUGAUUGGCAAAAAAUUGUGAAAGUUAAAAAAAAAAAUAUCUGAACAAGGUUGUUAGAAACAUGUUGUGUUACCUUAUUUUGCUUAGGAACAGAUUCUUUAGAGUAAUAAUUAAUAAGUGAUGAAUAUUUAUUUGUCAGUCUUGUGGCCUUACAGUUGAAACCCUUGCUAGCAAGGAUGACAUGUAUGUAUGUAUAUAUAAAUAUAUUAUUUUAAUAGCUUGGGGAAGAAAAUGCCACUAUUUCACCUUGACUUGAUAGCUGUCUUUAAAGGGGCCUGGACACAGUUGCAUUGUUUACCUUUUAUAUUUCUAUGCUUAUUCAAAAAAUAUAACCAGUUAAAUGAAUUACAUGAAUAUUCUUAAAAUGAUAAUGACGUUCUUCUUUACACCACAUCAAACAUCUGUUUUUGUAAACAGGGCACGAGCUCUGUUAUUGUUAAUGUUUGCGAUUCACUGGGUGUGUUCAAUUUGUUAAACUUUGUACACAUCACUGAGCAUGGACUGAAAAUACUGGUGAGUUGGUUUUGCUUUCUCACAUUUCUACUUUGAAUUUGCUGGAUUAUAGUUUUAAUAUUUUUCAUUAAUACACAGCAAAAUUUCUACUUUUCUUAAGUAUUAUGGAUAAAGUUUACUUUUUGAAAGUGCAAGGAUGUGUCAAUCAAACGUGUCCCAAAAUUCAUAGUUUCAAUAAUUUCCAAAUAAAAGAAGUUUCUUAAUACACUUUUAUCUUUUUUCUGUGUGAAAUGCUAUAGCAACAUAUAAGUCAUGAUUUUAUACAGAAAAUUUGAGAAAUAUUUAAUUCAAAUCUGUGUCCAGGCCCCUUUAAAAGACAAUUUAUUUGUAACAAUCACUGAAUUUGUACCUUCAAUAAUUUUAGAUUGAAAAACCAGUCUACCACUAGCAUACUUCGAAAAAAUAAACAUAGUAUUUAUAUGAACAAAUUUUUUUUGUCUGCAAUAUUUGUUUAAAGAGAAUAAAACCAUGACUUUUUUCUUAUUGUAGAAUUUUUUCCCACAUCAUUUUACUGAUAACAUUUAUAUACAUUUAGUAUAGACCAUCAUAUUCACAAUCAGUUUUUUUUAAUACAAAAUGGUGGUGACAUUUUUUUCUGUUGGGAGCGGAUUUUGUUGAAAUGUUAGAUCCGUGCCUCUUGACCUUUCACCUUAUCACUGCCAUUAGUAUGUAGUAUGAUUUGAUCAUUGUGUAUGCCAGGUCAUUUUUCUGUCUUAUCUCUGCUGAAUGAGGAAGUAAUAAAUUACAAACCGCAGUA